UUUUCCAUAUCAUUCAUAACCGUAGCGAUCACCUACCAAAGAGCGAACACAUCAUUACGACCAGGCCCGUGAAUUGUCUUUUCAUCGUCCAAUUUUUGUGAUUUUUCAGUUUCUCUCAUUUCUUUCUAAUACCUGUAGGGCUUCGCUGCAACACGGAUAUAUCGAACAAAGCAUAUUGUAUCGAGAAAGCUUCGUUGGUCGUAGCUAAAAAAAAUUGAAGCAAAUCUAUUUGUCUUGUUUGGGAUAAAUCACGGUGACAAAAGGGAAGAAAAUUUUGCAAACGCGAUUAUGUGAUUGCGUCGUGUUGCCAGUUGUAUGUGUGAGACCCGUGGUGCUAAUUCUCGCUCACCGCUGUUCGUUUUUGAUUUGUCGGGAAAGUCGGAGAGCGGCGAGAAAAGUCCAUCCGUGAACAGUUGCGUAUUGAAAAUCGGUGAAAAUUUCAGCCGAGAUCCCACAAGCAGAAAAAAACAAGUUGAUCCGAAGAAAAUCUAACAAGACAGGAUAAAACUUGGUGUGAAGAAUCUAGGAAGAAGAACGCAGAAGUAAAAUUGGUUCGGUGACAUUAGGAGCCCAACAGGAAUAAUAGGAAUAUUCAGCACACUCGAACAAGAAAGGAAGGAAGAAGCAGCAGCAGCAGCACAGUGUCCUCAUAUCUCGAGACAGCGAGUGUGUGCGUGCGCGUUUGCAAUCGUGUGUGUAUUCGUACGCGCGGCCUCGAAGUGAAAAAUAAUGAGUCGCCAUGAAGGUGUCAGCUGUGAUUCAUGUUUGAAAAGCAACUUUCGUGGACGUCGCUACAAAUGUCUGAUAUGCUACGAUUAUGAUCUUUGCGCUAACUGCUAUGAGGAAGGAGCGACUAGCACGAGACACUCGGCAGACCAUCCAAUGCAGUGUAUUUUGACAAGGUCCGACUUUGAGCUAUACUAUGGCGGGGAAGUAUUAGCACCGGAUCAGCCACAGUCAUUCACCUGUCCGUACUGCAAACGGAUGGGACUUAGCGAUUCAGCACUACUCGAACAUGUCAGUUCAGAGCACACCGAUACCGGGCUAGAAGUUGUGUGUCCUGUUUGUGCUGCACUUCCUGGUGGCGACCCGAAUCUAGUGACAGAUGAUUUCGCAGGACAUUUGAGCCUUGAACAUCGCAGCGGCUCGCGGGAUCUCAUCUCGUUCCUGGACGAGCCCUCAGCGAUACGACAUGGAGGUGUACGGAGGAUGCCACACUCGGGACGGGCCCUCGGUGGACCACGCUCAAGGCGUUCGAACAUGCACUUUAGCUCAUCCGGUGGAGGUUUGUCCACGCUGUCGCCUUCUGGUCGCGAAUCGGUUGACCCAAUCGCAGAACUGCUACAGCAGUUGUCUAGUGUUCGGCGUGGAGGAGCGCCACAGCCAUCACAACUCCAACAACUCCAGAUGCAAAUUCAAUUGGAACGUCAGCAAGUUACUGCGGCUCGCCAACAGUUGGAACGAUUACCGCGACGUCAACAGCAACCAGUGGUAUCCUCCGGAUCAAAUCCAACCGGAAGUAGCAGCGCAACCGGCAAUGCCAGCACAUCGCAGCAGUCCAACUCGAUCAUUACACUCAAUGCCACAGGUUCCCGCGAUGCACCAAUCGCGUCCUCGUCUUCUUUGCCAAUGGUAUCCUCCGGGAUUGGUGUUUGCAACAUGCUCAGUGGCACAUCGGCAGCUUCGAACGCAAUUUCUCAGCAGCAAUCACAGUUCUUGAUGGCCCGCUUUAUGGUACCGAGCUUAGAUGACAUGGAGUUAGCACAACUAGAGCGUGAUAGAGCGGAUAGAUCACAAUUCGUUCAAGCUUUAAUGUUAUCAACCAUCGCUAAUGUCCAAUUGUUUAGCAGAAAUAACGACGGUGAUGUGACCGAUGAGUUGAAUUCAUUGAGUUUAGGUAUUGGGAGUAAUAAUAGUAGCGUUGUUAAGAAUGUAAGGAAGUCCAACGGUGACGCCGAGGAGCAGGAUGAAGCAGCAAACAAUAUCGGUGGUAGCAAAGAGGACGGCAAUUGUGAUAAUUUGAAGCAGUUGGAAAGCGAUUGCAGUGUUACGGAUGAGUUGCAAAAUUUACACACCCCACAGGUGUUGCCCCGCGGGUGUGUCGGUCAACAGCAUUCAGGUAAAGGUAAAAAUUCGUCCAGGCAAAUGGCAUGUGCUGGUGUUGGUGGAGGUGGCGGAGGUGUGGGCUGUAUUGAUAGACGCUCACGUCAACCCCAGCAAGCAACAAACGCGGGCAAAGCGCGCGAAAUGAAACAGGCAAAUACUUCGGCCAACAACCCGUCUUCAAUGUCAUCUAAACAUGGUCCAGAUUCUAGGUAGUGUUGUAUAGCGAAAAAUAUUUAAAAUACCAGGCAGUAAAAUACACAAUAUUAAUAUCAUCAA